CCAAGAUGGCGGGAAGCAGCUUGGCGGCCGCGGUACCGCCGGCCUGUCUCAUCAGCCGCAGCCGAUUCCGGGGCUGCCUUCUCGGGGCUCUGUUGGGCGACUGCCUGGGCGGCGGCUUCGAGGCCUUGGAGUCUGUUGACCUGGCGGAGCUGCUGCGCUUCGUGCGCUCCUUGCAGCCGCAAGAUAAAGACGGCGAGGAGGGAGUCGAGGGCGAUAGGAAAACCCUUUUCUACAGUGAUGACACAGCCAUGACACAUUGUGUAGUGAGGUCGCUCCUGGCCAAGCGAGACUUUGAUGAAGUGGAUAUAGCAAAGCGGUUUGCUGAGGAAUACAAGAAAGACCCUGACCGGAGCUAUGGAAGGGGUGUGAUUACUGUGUUCAAGAAACUCCUCAGCCCCAAAUGCAGAGAUGUUUUUGAGCCAGCAAGACAGCAGUUUAAUGGAAAAGGCUCCUAUGGUAAUGGUGGUGCCAUGAGAGUAGCAGGCAUCUCAUUGGCUUACUCUAAUGUUCAAGAUGUGAAGAAGUUUGCUAAACUGAGUGCUGAGCUGACCCACUCCAACUCCCUGGGCUAUAACGGAGCCAUACUGCAGGCCUUGGCAGUUCACUACGCUCUCCAGGGGGAGCUGAAUCGAGACAGAUUCCUGGAGCAGCUGAUAGGCCACAUGGAAGAGGUAGAAAUGGAUGAUAAGUCUGUGGCUGAUGCACGAAUGCUUGGCUAUGAAGAAUUACCCUUUUCGAAAAGACUAAAGAAAAUCAAAGAAUUUCUGGAGCAGAAAACCGUGCCAAAUUCAGAUGUGGUGGUUGAAUUAGGCAACGGCAUUGCAGCUCUGCAUUCGGUCCCUACUGCCAUAUAUUCCUUCCUGCGCUGCAUGGAAUCUCAUCCAGAUAUCCCCAGGGACUACAAUUGCCUGCAGCGGACCAUCAUCUACUGCAUCUCAUUGGGUGGGGACACAGAUACCAUUGCAACUAUGGCUGGAGCCAUUGCUGGAGCUUACUGUGGGGAAGAGCAAGUGCCCGAAAGCUGGAAGCAUAGCUGUGAGUCUUUUGAGGAGACAGAGAAAAUGGCCAACAAUUUGUAUGAACUCUACUGUCAGCGGCAGAGGGAAUCUGGUACCAAAUAAUAUGCUGUUGUGCCCUGUGAUCUCUAUUCCCUUUUAGUCCUUCAGCAGAUGUGAUGGUCAUCCGAAAUAAAGGGGAUCCUUCCAUCAAGGGAAAUAGUCCCAGGAAGCACUGAGUGGCUGAUGUUUAUUCCUUAUAUCCAAAUGCCUGUAACCUCCAUUUGCUUUCUGUUGUUUACAUAUUUUUUUUAAUACUGCCCCUGAUUUCAAGUUGUCUUACUUUUAAAUGUCACAUUGUCAAACAGAGGAGCCUGUGCCAGACGUCUAUGAGGGUGCCUGGACCAAAGUGAGCUUCACAGUGGUUUGGCAAGCAGGUUUUUUGCCCUGUGUAGAGAUUGGGUUGUGCUAGGGGAAGAAUGAGAGAAGCUGUGCUUGUAAGAACUCAGGUAAGGGCAGGGCCUGUAAGCCUAGCCCUGCAGCUCACAUUGUGGUGGAAAUUCAUCAAAUGAGUCUUCUGGAUCCUCAAUGUAAGUUGCUUUUUUCCUCUGACUGUUACUUCCUCUCGUGACUGAGUAAUUCGGACUCUUGGAGACUGAUUUUUCUGCAAGUCUUUCAUAUCAAAAGCAAAUAGUUUUUUUUUUUUUUAAAGCUGCUACUUAUAAAUCAAAGGUAUCAAGGGGAUUUUUUUGUAUUUUGUCUUCAGGGAACAAAGUCACCGAGUUUUAGCUGGUACAUAUUGAGGAAUAAAGCCCCAACUGAAAGCUCUGCAAUUUCCCAGUGCACAAAGGGGUAGUUCCCCACAGGCAAGGGCUUUCCCUGUUCAUUUUGAUACAGGUGGUACCCCUUGGGAGUGAAGAAGCCUCCACAUGCAUCAGAUGACCACUGGUUGGAUCAAUCCUUGAAUGGGAGGGUGUGGCAGGGAGGCUGGGCUGUUCAUAUUCUCCUGGAUUAUGACCCUCCUGCAUAGUUCCUUUCAUGCUGCAAAUGACGACUGCAGAAAGUAAUGCAAAUGUUUGUACACAGGCUUAAUUUUCUAACGGGGUGACUGAAAUACAUUUUUUUUUAAAAUAAGAUUUAUUGAUGUUGGGUCAAUACAAUCAAGUACUGUAGUUUCAGUUCAGAAGUGAAGGCCAGUUUUUGAUCACAAAACAAGAGUGCAUUUUAAACCAAAUUUACUAAGAAACAGUGCAUGUAACAUAAGUAUUUACAAAACUAAAAACAAAAUCAACCUCUCUAUAUACUAGGUUAGAAAUGAAGAUACUAGAGGCAAACUUUUUUUUUUUAAAAAAGGAUUGGUAUAUAAAAAUGCAUAUUGUAAUGCAUAGUUGAAAGAAGUCUUCAAACCUGAUCUUUCUACUGACUGAAACCAAAUUCCCCCCUAUUUGCACAUGAAAACCCAACAUUUCUCUCAGACAGGUUUAUUUUUACUUCAAUAAAAAUAAGCUAAUCCACAACUUGCCAACCAGCCUGUUCAUUUGUGUAAUAAAGAUACCUUUUAAUAUGCUGUACUUAAGAAGUUAUAUGAAUGCAGAAGUUUUAAUACUUUCUAUGAGAAUAGUGAGGGUGCAAAAUGGUACUUAUAGAACUGAAUCAGCUAAUGUUACUGAGUCUGUACAGUUUGUCAUUUGUGUUUUCUUGCCUGCCAGAAC